GACGCGUGGCCGCUAGCCCCACGGCGCUCUCGGCCACACUCGGCAUUGACAAGGGGCUUUGACAAGGGUAGCUUCGGCAGUGAUGACGGACGAGGACUCUGAGACUUCUGCCAGCGAGGCGCAAGCCCAGGAUGAGAGCGAGCUGCCUGUUAUCCAGCUGUGUGGGCUGGUGGAAGAGCUCAGCUACGGAAACUCUGCUCUCAAAACUGAGACCGAGAUGUUUGAAAAAUAUUACAAUAAAUUGGAGCCCAGGGACCAGCGACCUCCACGAUUAUCAGAAAUGAAAAUAUCAGGAGCAGAAAUUGCGCAGUUACGAGGCAGGCGUAGAUCCAAAUCCCGCACAAGUCUAGAACGUGUAACAGGCCUCAGCGUGGACCAAAAAUUCAAGCUUGUGCAAAAAGAGCUGGACGACACAAAGAGUGAAAUAAGGCACAUAAGGGCAAACGCCGAGAGGGACCUGCAGCAUCACGAGGCUAUCGUUGAGGAAGCUGAAAUUCGGUGGACCGAAGUUCAGAGAGAAGUGCAUGAGUUUGAAAAAAAUAUUCUAAAGACCAUAUCCAAGAAGAAAGGGAGUAUUUUGGCCACUCAGAAAGUGAUGAAGUACAUUGAGGACAUGAACCGCCGGAGGGAUAAUAUGAAGGAUAAAUUAUGUUUGAAAAAUGUCUUUCUCAAAGUCCAGAGGAAAAAAAUGCUUUUACAAUUGAGGCAGAAGGAAGAGGUGGGAGAGGCCCUCCACGACGUUGACUUUCAGCAGCUGAAGAUCGAGAAUGCUCAGUUUUUAGAGACAGUUGAAGCAAGGAAUCAAGAACUGAUCCAGCUGAAGCUGGUAUCCGGAAACACCCUGCAGAUCCUUAACGCAUACAAAAGCAAGCUACACCGAGCCAUGGAAAUGUCCCUCAAUCUGGACAAAGAGUUCUUGUUGAGAAAAGAGUUACUCGAAAAAGUUGAAAAAGAAACCCUGCAAGUAGAGGAGGACCGGGCGAAGGCCAUGGCUCUGAACAAGCAGCUCCGGAAGCAGCUGUCUGAGUUCCGAGCGCCACAGGUGAUGAUGUACGUCCGGGAGAAGAUCCGAAACAGGGACCUGGAGAAGACCAUCAGGAUGUGGGAGAGGAAAGUGGAGAUUGCAGAGAUGUCCUUAAAAGGCUACCGCAAGGCUUGGAAUAAAAUGAAAAUCACCAAUGAGCAGUUGCAGGCAAUUUGCCCUGCUGGGAAAUAGCCAGAGGGAGGCGACGGCUGCCGACCAAAAAGUGAUCCAUUAAAGUAAUCAGCUCCUCUCUAGUCAUGGGGUCCUCUCACUGUUCCCUGUGCUGGCUGGUGUCCCCAAUUCUCCAGCCAGGCUGCUGGUCACCUCCCAGGCCACAUCGGCCCCCUGGGGAGUGUUUUCACAGCCUGGCUCCGGGAACCAUAAACACUGAAAGAACCACAGGGCACUCUAAUGGUUUGACACUUGUUAGCCCACAUUUAGUUCACAAGCACACAUGAAAAUGACCUUCCCGCAUGUGGGAG